UUUAUCACACUGACUGCAGUAAACCACCAGCAGUCAGUGUUUGGGUUAAAUGCUUUCUGUGUGUCCGCGCUACAAGAUCACAUAGAACCCGAACAGAACCGUUUGGUCCGGCGGGAAAAAAUGCACCCGAUCCGACUGUCGAUCCCGUCGUUCCGUUCGGAGAACAGCUCAGUGGAGAAAGGAUUCACGGUCUUCAAAAUCGACGUGCUGGUGAACGGCAGACUGCACAGUGUUGAGAAACGCUACAGUGAAUUCCACGCUUUGCACAAAAUGCUGAAAAAAAGCAUAAAACCUCCUGAAAUCCCUUCGAAGCAUGUCAGAAACUGGGUCCCUAAAGUUCUGGAGCAGAGGAGGCACGGCCUGGAGCUCUACCUGCAGACUGUAAUUAUGGAAAAUGAGGUCCUCCCAAAGAUAUUCCUGGAUUUCCUCAACGUCCGCCAUUUUCCUUCAGUGCCAAAAACAGAAAGCUGUGGCUCCUUUGACACAGAAUCAAUGGAAUCAAGUAAACUGUCUCAUCAGCCAGUGGUGGUUUAUCUCAGAGAUCCAUACCUGCUUCCUUCUGCACUCGAUACCUUUUCCAACGUUGUGAUUGAAGGCGUGGUGGACGGCGUUUUCUACCCAGAUUUUCAGCCGAGGUAGAGCCGCCGAGAGGACAAUGACGCGCAGGCCGACAAUUACACCGAUGCGUCUCACCAGCUUCGUUGUGCACCAGGAAGAACGUAUAAGAACAUGAUUUGAGCCUCUUUUUUACUCACAGACAUACAUCAAAAACUCAUAACUCUUCUACUUUUUUUUUAACUAAAAUGGAUUGCUGGUCUCUGGAUAAUUCACUACAUUUUAUGCAUUAACACUAACUUAUGUUUUGCUACAUAUUCCAUCUGAUUUUCACUUUAAAACUCAAUUUUAAAAUGUAAAUUAUACGAGAAAUAGUCUGACAAGCCCAUUUAAAUAGCUUGGAAAAAGGUGAACAUUCUCAGUAGUUCUAGAGGUAGAUAUUGGAAUAAUAAUAAAGAUAGGCUGGAAAUGUUAGUGAAUGUGUCGUAUCUUGAAGAUAAUGGGUUGAACAAAACCUUUGAUGCAUUUCUUUUUGUCAUGAAGGAGCCAGUCGACAGCGAACGACAGGAAUAAUGUAGCUGUGGCUUCAUUCUGGUUACACUGACGCAUUUAAACACUUUUUGAAAUGAUGUGGAUCCUUAUUUGUAGUUUUUUGAUCAAUUUUUUCUCAGAUGCCGAAUAAUCUGCUCCGUUCCAAGCAGUUGUGAGCUUGAGACUUUUAAAGAAGCACGCAGUUUGAAACCAAAACUGCAAGAGCUUUCGUUGUGUGACGUAGUUUGAGUAAAUCAAAAACUGCCUUUAAUUAGAAAUGACCAUUAUACCAGCUGUGUGAAAUAAAUAGUUUAUGACUCAUUACGUUACAUGGAGCCAGUUACAUAAAAAUCCCUUAUUAAAUAUUGACACUCCUGGUAAAAUGUGUAAAAAGCCUUAAAUUGUUUUUGUGGGGAGUUGUUAAUCCUGGUGUGCUGCUAUUCACUCCAGUUUUAUAAACUCUUUAGCUUUUUCUCCAACUUUAGAAAUAUUGAGUUUAGUUGAAAACACACAUUUGUCUUGUGCCAUAAUUACCAUUUAAAAUUUCCUUCAAACUCUGAUUAACUUAAAAAUUGUUAAUAAAAAAUGCUUCAAUUACAUUAUCUUUACACUUAAAUGUACUUAUAAACAUGAGUAUAUUUUUUAAAAAGAUCUUCACGUUUCCCAGGUGUAUAACUGCUUAAAUGUUUUUAGCCUCUGCUGUUUUCAUGCAGGAUUUAUUGAACCUUGAUGGUCCCAAACCUGCUUGGCCUCAAUUUCGAUUAGGCAGAAGUUUCCACUUUUUAAUCAGAUCCAUCAAAUUAAACUAAAGAAUCGUGUGUUUGUUUUCUGUUACAAAUUUUUAUGUGAACUAUAUUAAGACUUAUUUAUUGUGAAAGGAAAACUGCCUAUAGAGAUGGUCACUUGAAUAUUUGGUUACAGAUUUUUUUUUUUGGUAAGUGAUCUAUGCAAAACUAUUUCAGCUCAAAAACUAGUUUUGAGCCGUUUCUGUGAAGAUGCUUCUGUACGAACUCUGUCCUGGCAGCUGUGGGUUAAAGCACGAUUUCCACAAAGAGAUUCUUGUUUCUAAACAAACCCGAUUCAUUUUCUCUUUUUUUAUUCCUCAAAGCCAGCAUCUAACACUAACUCCUUUCAUGAUACAUUAAAAAAGGGGAAUAUAUCAUUAAUAGGCCAGUUGUGAAGGUAUUAAUUAAGUAGAGAUAUAAAGGGUGCUUUGUUUUAACAUGUGCAAUAUAAAACCAGACAACUACUCACUGUUUUGCUGAUUUUGACUAAAUCUGUAUCUCUGUUUGGAUGAUCGUCAAUGAUCAGUUGUUUAAUUUUAUUUUAUUUUUUUCUUGGCUGGAUUUUUAUUUCUUAACACUGAAGCAAAAGUCUCUUUUAAUUAGAAAACGGAAGUUAAAUAAAAUCAUCCUCUAAAGAUUCAUGGUGAAUAUUUUUAUGUAUUUAUUGUGUAACUGAGUGUAAGUAUCAUAUCUGUGCCAUAAUGUCAAACUACAGUAAACGCUGAAUCUACACUAAUGAAUGCUUUGUAAUAUACAAACACUAAUAAAAUUAUGAUUUACAAA